AUGCGAGAAUAUCUCAUCCGUAUCUCGCCACACUUCAAUAAAAGAUCCAUUUGCACAACUCAUUGGAUUGUAGUUGUUAACGUUUCGAAUAGUAUCCUCAAAACAGCCAAACGACUUCCCAGUUGGUGUAUAGUUAUUGUUGUUGGAGAAGGACAACGUAUCGAUCAAGUUCGAAGAAAUGUAUUCUAUCUUACAGCAGAAAUACAAGAUGAACUUGCAAAAAGAUCUGCAUUUUUCAAAGUUAUUCGUUAUUGGUCUAAACAUCAUUACGCAGCACAAAAGAAUGCUAGUUAUUAUUGGGCAAUGCUUCACAAAGCAACAGCAAUCUGGGAUUUUAAUCAUGAUAAUGAACUAAUUGUUAAUGAACGUACUCUUCGUCUUUUAUUUCAUGAGCAAGUGGAUGCACUAACCGUGCCAAAUCAUCGUAAUACACUAUUUAAUCCUUAUCCAUUUUUCCUCAUGAGUACACAGCAAAUUCGGCCGCGUGGAUUUCCUCCACGAUCAAUUAAUGUAAGUAACUUUCACAGUAACCUCAUUCUAGAUUCAUUUGAGAAGUUGAUCAUUAUUUAA